AUGGCACUCUCAGAGGAACUCUCUUCCUUGAAGAUGAAAGAAGGGGAGGGAGUGGCUGCAUACUGGGCGCGUGCCGAGGACUUGAGGUCCAAGUACUUGGCUGCAGGAGGGAAGGAGGAGGUUGAGGAGUGGAUGAUGAGGGUACUCAAAGGACUACCUCCUCACUUUGAGCUGCUGAAGGUAGUGCUGAACAACCAAUCACCAUCGCUUACUAAGGAUCAGCUGCUUACCUCCUUGAGGAGCGAGGAGAUGCGGAUUGGUGUCGCACCAAGAUCGGAUGGUGUAGCCACUUUUGGAGCGGGUACGAAAGUGGGCAGCAGCGGCAGGGGAAAUGGGGACAAGGGCGGAAAGCAUGGAGGCAGCGGUAGCAGCAGUGACACCAACUCGGGUAGAUGGGGUCAAGGAAAAGGCAAAGCGGGAGUGCUUGAUUUCCCCUGGGGGUCCAAGGGCAUGGCUCCUCGGGGGUUGUGUCAUGGCUGUUGGGAUGAGGGACAUGCAUGGCAGCGGUGUCCUCAUCGACCUAAGGGAGGCAUUCCGGCAUUCUUAAAGCGGGGGGGUCGUGGAUCCAACGGCAAGGCACAGGUGGCGGAUGAGGAGGAGCAGGAUGACAAGGCAGAGGCAGUGGUUGGAGAGGCAGUUGCAGCAGUGGGAGAGGAGCAGCCGCGAGAGGGGUGGUGGAUUGACAGUGGGGCCAGCCACAACUUUACUCCUUAUGCAUCGGACUUCAAAAGUAAGCUUCAGCCACCAGAGGUUCGGGGAGUUAGAUUGGGAGAUGGACGAGUGGUGAAAGCUGUUGGCAUGGGUGAGGUGCCAGUGGUUGGUGCAAGAGUGCGCACACCGUCACUGGGAGGAGCGGUGUAUGUCCUCAGUCUCAUUGACGACUUCACCAGACGAGUUUGGUCGUUCCCACUCCCCAACAAGGAAUCGGCCACAGUCGCAAAAGUUCUUCGCCAGUGGCAUAAGGACGUGGAUUUGGAGUGUGGGCGGAAGCUGAAGGCUGUUCGCUCCGACAGGGGUGGCGAGUUCUUGGGGGACGCUGUGAAAGCAUGGAAAGCGGAGUUUGGCAUCAAAACCCAAUUGAGUGUCGCAGAUACACCGCAGCAGAAUGGGGUCGUGGAGAGGUGGCACAGGACGAUGGCAGAGGGGAUUCGCACAUUGUUGGUCGACAGUGGUCUCCCUGCUCGCUUGUGGGGUGAAGCAUUGAUGUGGGUCGUGUGGGUUAAGAAUAGGGUCACCCACAGUGCUUUGCCUGCCUCCAUCACACCAAUGGAGGCGUGGUCCGGCCAGAAGCCGCAUGUGGGCAUGGCUCGGAUUUGGGGUUGCAUGGGGAGUGUCAUGCUGCAUGGGCAUGAGAAGGGUGGCAAGCUUGAUGCACGGGCUGUCAUAUGUGUCUGUGUUGGGGUGGACAUGGAGAGCAAGGGGCGCAUGCUGGACCCUUCUCUCAUGCGCAUUCGCAUUGCUCGGGAUGUUGAUUUUCUUGAGAAUGUGAUGUGGAAGGAUUGGGACAAGGCAAAGGGAUUUGGGGAGCUUCUGUAG